AUGCGAUUCCUCUGCGUAGCGACCCUCGCCUGCCUGGUGGCUCUUUCCGCCUCGGCAUCUACUCCCGCCAGCACUCCCGCCGCCAGUACUCCCCCUACCAGUACCCCCGCGGCCAGCACCCCUGCUGCCAGCUCCCCGGCCAGCUCUUCCACUCCAGCAGCCAGCUCCUCCACCACUCCCACCUCCUCAAACUCCACAUCCACCGACUCCACCACCACUGAGGCCUCCGCUACAACCACCACCACCACCGCCGCCGCCGCCCACAAGAAGAAGAACAUCCGCCACUGGAAGGUCCACCGCCACGAGAGUGCCAAGGUCCGAAGGGAGAGGAGGCAUCGCAGGAGGAACAGGGAGCAGUCCGGAUCCGACAGGAAGCGCCGUCUGCGCCGCAACUAG